GCCGUAUCCCGCUGUGGACAUGCAGCGGAUCAGUGAGGAAGCCUAUUUCGUACUCUACGAGAUCUGCCCUGAGGGGUCCGUGCCCGCACCUUCGCGGGUCGAGCGUCUGGCGAUCCCUGAAUUUGCGGAGGUGGAGAAGUUCACGCUGGUCGCUGAUGGCGAGAUGGUCACGGCGGAGGAAGCGCCAGCUGCCAGACCCGUGUCAGACAAG